AGGAAAAAGGGGGUGUGGCGUCGUGACGUCGCCGUUGUUUUGAGGGUCGGAGGGAGGCCGAGGGAAGGAAACCAAGCCGGCGCCAUGACCAAGUACUGCCGGGCGCCCAACUGCUCCAACUCGGCCGGGCAGCCGAGGCCGGGCAGCCAGCGCCUCAGUUUCUACAAGUUUCCUCUCCACAACCCUGAGCGCCUCCAGCAAUGGCUCUCCCAGCUGAACCAAGAGAAAUGGAUCCCGACAAAGCACCAGCAUCUGUGCAGCGAACACUUUGCGCCGUCCUGUUUCGAAAACCGGUGGGGAAUGCGCUACCUGAAGCCUGACGCCGUCCCCACCAUUUUCCAGACAUCCAAUGGCCCUCUGAAGAGGGAAAGUUCUGCCAGGCCUCUGUCUGAUGUGCCAGCCAAAAAACUCAUCCUUCAAUGCCAGGAAGAGAGAAGCAUGCCAGGGCCCCAAGCUGUGAGCCACCAAGAGCCAAGCACACUGGAAACGCUUGCCAUCGCCAUAGAUCCUGGGGUGGGGUCUGCCCCUAUCUAUGUGGAAACCCAGUCUUCGGCCCUCUCCGCCCCUUUGGUUGAGGCCGUGAAUCUUGUUCCUUUGGUUCAAAUUGUGGAGCCCCUGAAGUUGACUGUGGCUUCUCCGGUGGAGGCUUUACCAGACCCAGUGGAGCAACAGGUGGUUGAUUUUGUGGCCUCACUGCCACCUGCCCUCAAGGCUUUGCCAAGCUCUUCGCUGGGGGUCUCCGGACAGUUCUGUGCAGAAGUGGCGGUGCCAUGCAAGGUGCUUGCUCCUGCGUCUGACCAGUCUCCAUUGCAUGCCCUGGUGACCGAUGGGUCUGUGGCCACUGAGCAGGGUGCCCUCAUCAUUGAGAACGUUUCCAUCGAGCCAUUCCUGGAGACUGAUCCCUCUGCUGCUGCCGCCACUGUCCUCAACUCCCUGGAGGACUCCGCUACAGAAAUGGUGGCCUACUUUGAGACCAUCCCCACUGCUCCCAUUACAGCAGCCUCCUCCUCCAUCGUGACUCCCCCCGAAACUGUGCUGUCAUCUGCCCUCAGUGUCCCAAUUGUCUCCACCGUCCCUAUUGUCUCCAACCAGGCCUCUCCAGAGGCCUCCCCAACUGAGGAGGAGGAAGAAGAGGAGGAGGAGGAGGAAGAAGAGGAGAAGCUGGGAGAGUUGAGUUCAGUGGAGUCCUUGGAGGAACAGCUGGAGGAGCAUCGCUACCACAAGAAUGAGGAGGGGACGACAGCAGAGCUGGCAGACGUGGUGCUAGGCCUCCAGAAGAAGGUGAAGGUGCUCCAGCAGCGGCAUCGCCGGCACUGUGCCAAGCUGGAAGCCAUGGAGGGGGUGGUGGAGCAAUUGAGGAAGGAAAACUUGGUAUCAGAGGAGAAGCUGAAGCUCCUGGAGAUGUCUAGCACCAUAAUGCCGGAGAGUGGCAGCACAGUCGCCAUUAUCUGCCAGGACAAUGACCAGGCGCUGGUCUACACCGUACCUCAGCUUCCGGAAGAAGGGAACGAGACCAUCAUCCAUGUUGAAGAGCAGUAGCCUUGUGGGAGAAGACGGAGGACAGUCAAGAGCCAAUCCCUCUUUGUUCGAUUUGGCCAAAGGCACCAUCCCAAAAAAUCUCCAGAGAGCUUGUACCCUUCUGCUGCUAGAAUUGCAAAGCCGACCCCACCAAGCCUUUCCCUGGUUCCGGCUGCAUCUUUGAUGGCCUUAUUGCUGUGGCACCUUAUUUUGUGGGAUUGGGGUGUGGGUUCUUUCUUUGUUUUCCCUCCUUCUCUGAAAUGAUUACAUAUAAAAUGGUAUUGGUGGGGGAAUAAACCACUGAUUGUGUGCGUGUUUGCCUCUCUCUUUGUGCCUGAGCCAAGGUGAUGCUGCUGGUGUUGACCUAGUUUGUUGUUCUCAUUGUGGCUUGGUGAUAUAAGCCAGAUCUAUGGUGUUGUCUUGCUAACCUAUACUUUUACACAGGGCUUGAAAGAGUUCACCUUUUGGAUUGCGUGACAACUUUUUUGGCCAUGCUGAAUUGGCACUAAUCUGGGAGUUGUCAUCCAGAACAGUCACUCUUCUCAGCUUAGCUCCUUGGAGGUGAAACAGUGCUAUGUUGUGUUUCAGGCAUCUUGAAUUCUCAUAACUUGUUGUUGUGUCCACCUCUGUGGGCUUUCAAAAAUGCUUGGCUUCAAAGGGUGUGUUUGUGUGUGUGUGAGAGGGGAUACCAGCAUCUUCUCGGCUCCAGCAGAACUACUACACCGUUUAGUGAUAUUUCAGUAUCUUUUGCAAGAAAAGCAUCCGGUCAAGAGCCAGGGGUGUUUGGCACCUAGCCCCACAGUUGUUUUUCUGCUUGUGGGAAACAGGCACAUUGCCAUGAGAUGAUGCAUAUAAAAGGCAAGAUACAGGGAGAACUGGAGAACAUAAAACUUUGACAAGGCACAGAAUGGAAAAAGGAGAAAGGCAGUUACCAUAUGUGCAUGGAUGGAAAAGCCAGGGUGAAAAUAGCAUACAUAAACUUAAUGUUAGAAGUGGAGAUGUACAUCAGGGAUAGGCAGAUGUCUGACUUGAAGAGUCAAUUCAGUAUUUUGCUAGAACCCUUGAGACCCACCAAACCAGAGCCUCUAGUAAAAAGACAUACACUUAGAAUUAAGGUCUGCCAAGUCCAAGAACUUGUGUUGCAUAGGAAGGAUUACAUAGGAAAAACAGGCUCUUUCUUGUUGGCUUAUUUUUGUGUUCUCCAUCAACCUUCCUCAGAACUUGUUGAGUAUCUAGACUCCUUUUAGCUUAUUAUUUUCAGGAGCACAUAGUUCUGUUACUCACCCUUAAGGUUUCAUCUCAUACAUUUAUUCCCUCCACAUGCAAAAUAAAAUGAUUGUUUCCUGAGAGAGUGAUUGACUGUGAUUAUAAGAUCUCUUUUUAAAGUUUGUAUUUAAUUCUUCAUGUUUUUUUUAACACGGGUACCUGUGAUUGUAAACUAACCUGGGUAUUGCAGGAGAGGCUAAAAAUAUUAACUAAAUGACAUUGUGAUUGUUGAUCUUGGGGAUUAAGUGGGAAGGAGAAGUGGGGAGAGCCUCUUUGGGAUUGACGUGUGUGUAACAAUGCUUUAAUUUUUAAACAUGAAUAAAUGGAAUAUAUUGGAA